GCUCUUUUGACAAGCUAGCCAGCAUAACACGAUAACGUUACCGUUAGCUUGCUAACGUUAGGCCAAGGCCAAGGGUUUUUUCGUGUACUAAACACGAAACUUAUUUUCUGAAAAUACACCCUAAUAUGUCAACUAGCAGCCACAUAACCAGCUGGCUAGAUUGACUACUGUUAUCGUAAACUAUAGCUAUUUGUCUUGAGUGCUGUGCAAUUUAUCUAGCUAGCGAAUGGCGUCAGUAAAACAACUUUGCAACCAAGCUAGCUAGACAACAAUGGCAAGCCGGUUUCAACAAUUUAUGUAGCUAGCUACGCUAUUGCCUAUUCCGUUUCAUUGCUGUCUAGUUUGCUUAAAUGUAACAAAGUGUUUGUUUGCUAUUAGCUCGCUAUCAAGCUAGUUUGUAAAAUAAUUGUAUAAACUAAAUUGAUGUCCUUUACAGUCUUGUGACAUGCAGGAGACCAGGUUCGAACUAAGUCAGUCACCAAGAGGUCAUGGCUAGAAGGAAUCUAGUUCUUGUCAAAUUAACGUCAGAUUUGACUUUUUGUAUCAGGUUAGGCUAAUUAACGCAGCAGUUUAGGAUAAUUCACGUAGCAGGUUGGGAUAAAUAAACCGUCACAAGAGCAAGAUUAAAUAGGGAGUGGAAGGGCUAUGACAGGGCAUUUCAACUAUAUUCUUAUGGGGGCCUUCUAACGCAGCCUGUGAUCAUCAUAGAGGGGAACAUAAGGCACGCCAAUGCGCCAGAGAGUCUUAGCAUUCAAGAAUGGUGUCAUAAUAGCUGGGUUCAAAUCCUAGAGCCAAAUUCAUUGGAAGGAAAUAAAUUAAACAUGUCACAUUGGCUUCAGAAACGGCCAGAAGUUUGUUUACCACAUGAUGGGUCAGGAAGCUGGCAAGCCAGCCUGGCCCAAACCACCUGGUGGACAUCAGACAAUCACAGGAAGGCGAUACGGCAGGAGGCAUGCAUACGUUAGCUUCCGUCCAACCUCUGCCAAGCACAGGAACCCAGCCAGCGUGGAGGAUUGGCCCGAUACGGAAAUGGACGGUGUCCAUAGAGCGCAUUCCAUAUCUUCAAAAGGAAACAUCUCCUCGAUGCUUCACGCCAUCUUUCCUGUCUCAUCGAAUUCGGUUCACCCAGAGGUGAAAAUCAAAUCUGGCAAAGAUCCUCCUCACAAGAAACAGUCAACUUCUAGGCAGUCAUCGGAAGCCCACUCCAUCCACUACAAAAAGAGUGACCAACCUGUAGCCUCAGACCAGGACCAAAAUGGUGGCUCGAAGAAAAGUGCAGAAGCUAGUGCAUGGCCUAUCCCCGAGGACGAGGACAGCAACCCUUCUAAUUCCAGCAUAUUGAGCAUUGUAAAUAUUGAUGCUUACGAGCCGGACAGUAGUGGCGGCGAGGAGGAGGGGGGACAGGGUUCCGACACGUCUCACGGUCUCCAGAAAAGACUGGAUGACAUGAUCUUCGAGCUGGGUAAAGAGUUUGACUAUCUCAGCGGUUUGCACUCGUAUUUGUACACACAAUCUAGUGAAGGGACGACAGACUGUUCCCUCAGAGACACUGAGUCAGUGAAAGAUUCUAGAACAGAUCCUAGAUCAGAUUCUAACACAGAAGAAAUCCCUCCUGAGUGGAAUAUAUCAGAACACAACAGAACAGAUCACCCGGAAAUCAGCACUGAGUUCCGAACACCAGAGGAGCUAGCAACUGUUGGCCCCAAAGGUCCUGCUGAGCUGGGGAACGACGACCAGAGGGGGACCCAGUCAGAGAUGGUGGUUAGGCCCAAAAUUCGUAAGCAGUCUAGUGAAACACACCUGGAGAAGUGGAAGAGUUCUCAUGGCGAGGAGGCACACUGUGGCUCAGCCAAACAGGCCAGCAAGACCAAGUGUGUGUCCGCACCGCCAUUCUUCCUGACACAAACGGAAAGGCCAAACCAGGAGUUUCUCUUUGAUUACCCUCAGACCGAUUCAUAUGMGCUUAGCACUAUCGAGAGGAGGGGUGAAUAUGGAGAAGCUUGUAGCAAAAUUAUUUCUGAUGAUGAAAAGGACAUCUGGGAAGAACUGGAGGACUUCAAUGAGACGGGUGUUCCUUUCAUGAAGGCUGAGGAAAGCUCGGAGUGCAGCGAGGGGGAGUGGUCAGCCUUGUGGACGUCGGACUCUGGCCUGGAGAAGGAGCGUGGCUCUAGUCAGGAGAGCUGGGUGACGCUGCCUGGCCUGGACGAACUGCACAACAGCAGUCUUGAAGUCCCCGAGCUCAGCCUGCCCCCUGAGGAGCCGACCCCUCUGGAGGAGGGAGAGAUACCGUGGUUGAUGUACAACGAGGAGACGGGCAGCAGUAGUGACGAAGACCCAGAUGGCAUGAGUCACUUUGUCCACCCGGGCCUCUUCAUCCUGGAUGGGAACAACAACCUGGAGGAUGACUCCAGCGUGAGCGAGGACCUGGARGCCGAGUGGAGGUUGCUAGAUGACUUUGGAGAGGGCUUUGGGAUGGCCCAGGCUAUUUCCUAUGUGGAUCCUCAGCUCCUCACAUACAUGGCUCUUGAAGAGCGUCUGGCCCAAGCUAUGGAGGCAGCUCUAGCCCACCUGGAGUCCCUGGCCAUUGAUGUGGAGCAGGCCCACCCUCCGGCUACAGAACAGAUUAUAGAGUGUCUGCCUCAGAUCACCAUAUUGGAGGACCCUACUGGUCAAGAACAUUGCUGUGCCAUCUGCUGUGGUGAGUACGUCAAAGACGAGAUUGCAACCCAGCUGCCGUGCCACCACAUGUUCCACAAGAUCUGCGUGACUCUCUGGCUCCAAAAGUCUGGGACUUGCCCUGUCUGUCGUCACAUACUGUCGCCUGUUGUCACGGAGACCACUGCUAACACCUCGUUUGUGUCGGAUCAGGACAUCCCACCGUCCAAUCACAGCGCAGCCGGAAUGCGGUGAAUCCACAGCCAGAAAAGAGGCCUGCAACGCUUCAAUGAAAAAUAGUUCUUAUUACUUUUUCUUUCAUUGUCGCUCUCUGCAAUGUAACUCUAUGAAUGAGAUUGUUGAAUUAGUUCUGCACAUGUUCAAGAUCUAUGUCCGAGAGACAGUUCAGGCUUAUUUUCUGAGAAAAUAUUAUCUGUAUAAUGUCAAGUCUUUGUUACGAAUGUAUGUUUUAAUGAAGGAUAUGAAAUUAGGAAAUUGCAAUUUUUGUUUAUCCUAGAUUUUCGUUAAAGCAUUUCAGAUUUUACUUGCACAUUUUUUUUAAUACAGAUGAAAGCAUUGCUUAUGUACCUCACAUUGUACUAACUUCAAAAUCAUUUUGGUUCCCGUGUUCAAUAAAGGCUGUACUGUGGCUAA